CGUAGAAGGAAUAAUGCUAUCGCCGUCUUCGCGAGAGGGGCGGAGUGAUCGUGCAUCACACCGACACUGAGCGCGUCAUCGCGAUCGAAAAAGAAUGCUAUCAACAAUAACAGCCAGUGCGGCCUCUGGCGGUACAGGCUCCCGUCUUGCGCGAGCAGUGGUCAUUGUCGCGGGGGUUGCUUCGCUGGUAGCGUCAUUGCUAUCGUUCCUGUCGAUAUGGCUCCAAACGAAAAAUUACCGGAAGCCGCUUCUGCAGCGAUAUGUCGUUCGUAUAUUGUUAAUGGUUCCUAUAUAUGCGGCGUCCUCAUGGACCAGUAUUGUGUCCCUGAGAGCUUCUAUGUGGGUAGAUCCCAUUCGCGAUGUUUAUGAGGCGUUCACAAUCUACACCUUCUUCCAACUACUCAUUAACUUCCUCGGUGGUGAACGGGCUCUCAUCAUCAUGACCCAUGGCCGUCCGCCCGUCUCCCACGCUUGGCCGCUCAAUCAUGUCCUUCCCAAAGUCGAUAUCUCCGAUCCCCAUACCUUCUUGGCCGUCAAGCGAGGGAUUCUGCAGUAUACCUGGCUAAAACCGACCUUGGCGAUCGCUUCAAUCAUUAUGAAAGCGACGGGUACCUAUCAGGAAGGCUAUCUCGGGGUUACGUCCGGCUAUCUAUGGACCGGUAUCAUUUAUAAUAUCAGUGUCACUCUGAGUCUCUACUCUCUUGCAAUGUUUUGGGUCUGCAUGCACGAUGACUUGAAACCAUUCCGUCCGGUUCCUAAGUUUCUUUGCGUCAAGCUCAUCAUAUUUGCAUCUUAUUGGCAAGGCUUCUUCUUGUCUAUCCUUCAAUGGCUUGGAGCCAUUCCCAAUGGCGUGGCGGGAUAUACACCAGACAAUCUCGCAGCUGCCAUCCAGGACAGUCUCAUCUGCUUCGAGAUGCCUAUCUUCGCACUUACGCACUGGUACGCCUUCUCGUGGCACGAUUACGCGGACCCAACGAUAUCAGCUGCCCGGAUGCCCGUCAAGUACGCCAUCCGUGAUGCCUUUGGAAUCCGGGAUCUCAUCGAGGACACCAAGAUGACACUAAGAGGCGAAAACUAUGAAUACAGAUUGUUCGACUCCGGUGACAAUGUCAUUGCGCAUGAGGAGUCUCACUCUCGGGUGAAGCGGGUGAUGGAUGGAAUGAGAUAUCAGAGAGGAGGAAAGGCAAAGUACUGGAUCCCCAAGCCCGGCGAAAUCAACAGCCGGACACCACUGCUAUCAGAACCGGGUCCUAGCCGUAGCAGCAGUGAGGAUAGAAUGAGAAGAAGUAGCGUGAUCGACAGAUACCGUACAUAUGGCGAGAUGGAGGAGGCCGCUCUGGACGGGGAAGAUGAACGUUUGUUUACACUUGCCCGGUCUCUGGAGUUCGGUGACUGGAAUUACCCGGUCAUUACUGCGAAUGAGGUGCCGCGAGACCAACGGAUAGCAAGCCGUCAAAGUUAUCAAAACCGAGUCGAGCCAGGCGUGGUGCGGAAAGCUCAAAAGCAUCGGAAAAGCAGUGCUAGCGGCACGAAGAGACCACGUCGAAGCGUGCAUGGUCGUACGGACAGCCCUGGCAACGGUCAAUUGCAUCCCGAGCAACGUCCUCUUGCGCACCGCCAGCCGAGUGCUUCAGGCUCGUCACACUCCAGACGUAGCCAACUGGUCGACCUCGUGGUUGAGGACCCGGAAGCAGAGCGACGAGAGCGUAGCCAAACUCGAAAAGAGUUCGGGUCUUCAUGGAAUAAUGAGACCGAGCACAAACAUUAUCUGAAGAGGCCUUCUGGCGAGCCAGUUGAAGACGUUUCUAUCACGCAGCAGAAUCAGAGGCAGACGGCAGCCACAAUCCCUGGCAACUCGGAACAGCCCACAUUUGCGGUAGGAGAAGACACCGAGGAGGAGGACACGCGACCCGCGGCGUCCCGUUUGGCAUAUGGUGAUUUUGAUGAGGAGCGCAACGUGUGGGGCGAAUAGAUUCUUCGAGCGCGAAGCGUGUCCCGUCUUGUUGAUAUUUAGUCCAGGAGUCUAUUAUUCUUGCAAUUGUCGAUCAUGC